AUGCAAUGCCUGGCUGCCCUUGGUGGUGGAAGUGGAAUAGAGCAUGAAAUAUUAAAGACUAAUCCAAUACUGGAGGUCUUUGGAAAUGGAAAAACAUUGAGAAAUGACAACUCAAGUCGUUUUGGAAAACUCAUUGAGAUUCACUUCAGUGAAAUAAGAAAAAAUAUCUGGGAGAAGCUAAAUCUACAAAGUGUGGAAGACUAUAAAUAUAUGAGGCAGAGCAAUUGUUAUUCAAUUCUUGGCGUUGAUGAUGCAGAAGAAUUUCGUAUAGUCAUGGAUGCUCUAGAUGCUGUCCACAUUAGCAAAGGAGAUCAGGAGAAUGUAUUUGCAAUGCUUGCUGCAGUGUUAUGGUUGAGAAACAUAUCAUUUACUAUGAUCAAUAAUGAAAAUCAUAUUCAAGUCAUUGAAGAUGAGGGGCUAUUCAGCACUGCCAAGUUGAUUGGAUGUGAAAUUAAAGAUCUGAAGUUUAAUUUGUCAACUCGCAAAAUGAAAGUUGGUAAUGGUAUUAUUGUCCAGAAGUUUAUUCUAUCUCAGGCCAGUGAUGCAAGAGAUACUUUGGAGAAAUCUAUUUAUGCAUAUCUCUUUGAUUGGCUGAUCGAACAAAUAAACAAAUCACUAGCUGUUGGCAAAAGAAGAACUGUCCAAGCUCCUGGAAUCUUUAAAAUUUCUGAUGAAGACCGGUUGCAUUCCUUCAGCGAGUCAUAUAAAUUGGGUACCAAUUUAGUCGAAGGUGUCCAUUCUCCAAAUUUGGCCAGUUUAAAUGCUAAACUUGUUCCAGAGCACUUGCUUUAUCUCUCUAUUGACCGCGGAAGGAAGUUUCUUUCGUCAUCCAAAUAUGCAAAUAGAUACAAUUUUUACAAGGAUUCAAAUGCUCACGAGAUUGAACGAAUGUUGAAAUUACUUGCACCCCUAAGACAACAGAUUCUGUCCAAUCUAAAUGAGUGGGAAGAACAGAAUGAUCUUCAAAAAAAUUUGGCUGUCAUUGACAUGCUCCUGAUUCUUCCAUCUGAUAUCCCUCUAAGCCUAUAA